GGUUCAACGCCCCAAGCAAUACCUGCAAUUGAGGACUCCUCCCUGGGAGACGGCAGGCUGUCAGCAUGGCUCAGGAGUUUGUGAACGGCAAAAUCCAGCCUGGGAAGGUGGUCGUGUUCAUCAAACCCACCUGCCCCUACUGCAGAAGGACCCAAGAGAUCCUCAGUCAAUUGCCCUUCAAACAAGGGUUUUUGGAAUUUGUCGAUAUCACAGCCACCAGCGACGCAAAUGAGAUUCAAGAUUAUUUGCAACGGCUCACAGGAGCAAGAACGGUGCCUCGAGUCUUUAUCGGUAAGGAAUGUAUAGGUGGGUGCAGCGAUCUGAUAACCAUGCAAGAGAGUGGGGAACUGCUGACGCGCCUAAAGCAGAUUGGAGCUCUGCAGUAACUACAGAACAAGACCCAUGCUGACAUCCCUCUCCAGAGCUGAACAGCGUCACAAAGGAUGACAGCACUUCCUGGUGGAUGGAAUUUUGGGCACAAACAGCUUUUUUCUUCUUUUGGCUCAGUAUUAAAAAAGUGAACCAACCUGCUCCUAACCACAGGGCCAAGAAGGUUGAUGGACCAUCUUGGUUUUCUUCAGUGUUAGUCCUUUGGGUUCCAGGAGACUGUAACAAGUUCUGGCCUAAGAUUCACUCACUGACCCAAAAGUUGUUCUUUCCCUUUGGCAUGUGUUUCCUGUUCUCCAUGUGCGGGCCUACCUCUACCUCUACCUCUAAGACAGUGUUUCUCCACCAUGUUUAGCCAGACCCACCCCCCAGGAUCAAUCUAGAGUUGGUUUUCUGCUACUGCUGAAAUUUUCAUUUUGCUGAGUUCAACUUUAUGAGUUUGUGUUAUGCAAUCAGUGGGUGUUUCGAAUGUGUUUUUUCAAACUACAUGCAGCUCUCCACCCCACCUUGAGAAUUGCUGUCCUGCAGCAGUGUUCUCAACCUCGCCAUCGCACAGAUCUCAUAGGAAAGAAAUGUUCAACAAUUCUGUGAAGGGUCUAAGGGUUCAAUCUGAGAAACUAUGAAAAAUUAAGCACUAUUGGUCUUCACUUGGUGCCACGUGGAACAGAGGCACAAGUACUGAGGCUGUGGCCCUGUGGCAACACUCUAUUUAAGACAAUUACCCAGGUAAUCCUGAACAACCAUGUAUUAAUUUAGAUUACCAGCAAAACGAAGACAUAAAAUGUAAAGCAUUAUCAUAGAAAACUUGGAGCCCCCUCCCGCAAGAGUAUAUCUGUGAAAGAGCCAAAUCUGAGAAACACUGUCCUAAAUGAGUCUGCCUUUUACCCCCCACCCUUUGAAAACUUAAUUCCCUACCAUGAAGUUUAUUUGUUCUAGAAUUAUAAGAUUAAGUUCGUUUCAUUCUUCAGUCUCUGGUGAAAAUGGUUAAUUUCUUUUCUAAUAAAGAAGUACCUAUACAUGA